AUGCAUGCACAGCUUUUCCAAUUUCCAUCUCCAUCGAUCAGUGCUCUAGACGGCCGCUACAGCCUCCAUAUACCCCGUGCUGCUCGUUCCAGUUCAUCAAGCAGCUCGAUCGACCACUCCACUACUGUGUCUCAGAAGCUCAUCACGCGUCAGGUACCAAGGCAAGAACACACUAACAUGGAUGCCCAGAACAAGGAGGUCGAUGCCCUGGUCCAGAAGAUCACCGGCCUCCACGCCGCCAUCUCCAAGCUGCCCUCGCUCAGCCCGUCCCCCGACGUCGACGCGCUCUUCACCGACCUGGUCACCGCGUGCGUCCCCCCGAGCCCCGUGGACGUGACCAAGCUCGGCCCGGAGGCGCAGGCGAUGCGGGAGGGCCUCAUCCGCCUCUGCUCCGAGGCCGAGGGGAAGCUGGAGGCGCACUACUCCGACAUGCUCGCCGCCUUCGACAACCCGCUCGACCACCUCGGCGUCUUCCCCUACUACAGCAACUACAUCAACCUCAGCAAGCUGGAGUACGAGCUCCUGGCGCGCUACGUCCCCGGCGGCAUCGCCCCGGCCCGUGUCGCCUUCAUCGGCUCCGGCCCGCUGCCGUUCAGCUCGUACGUCCUCGCCGCACGCCACCUGCCCGACGCGGUGUUCGACAACUACGACCUGUGUGGCGCGGCCAACGACCGUGCGAGCAAGCUGUUCCGCGCCGACAAGGACGUGGGCGCACGCAUGUCAUUCCACACCGCCGACGUAGCGGACCUCACCGACGAGCUCGCCACGUACGACGUCGUCUUCCUGGCCGCGCUCGUGGGCAUGGCUGCCGAGGACAAGGCCAAGGUGAUCGCACACCUUGGCGCGCACAUGGCGGACGGGGCGGCCCUCGUCGUGCGGAGCGCGCACGGGGCGCGUGGGUUCCUGUACCCGAUCGUCGAUCCCCAGGACAUCGGCCGAGGCGGGUUCGAGGUGCUCGCCGUGUGUCACCCCGACGACGACGUGGUGAACUCUGUCAUCAUCGCGCAGAAGUCCAGCGACAUGCAUGCGAAUGGACUUCGCAACGGGCGUGGUGGACAGUGCGCGCGGGGCACGGUGCCGGUGGUCAGCCCACCCUGCAGGUUCGGCGAGAUGGUGGCGGACGUGAGCCAGAAGAGAGAGGAGUUUGCCAACGCGGAAGUGGCCUUCUAA